AUGACGUCUCAUCCCCUCCAAGGCAAGGUAGUCAUCGUGACAGGCUCUGGCGGCGGGCUCGGUAAAGCUAUUGCCGAAGCCUAUCUCGCUGCCGGCGCCAAAGUCACCCUUUGCGACAUUAACGACUCCCGCCUCGCCGAAACCGAGACCGAAUUCAAGCAGACAUACCCGGACGCUGCCUCCCGUCUUCACAUCACCACCGUCGACGUCACCAACGAGGCUUCCGUCGCGGCCCUUGUCAACUCCACCGUCGAGGCUUUUGGUAGCCUCGAUAUCCUCGUCAACAACGCGGGUGUCAUGGACACCUUCGAUCCCGUUGGCGAAUGCUCCAAAUACACAUGGGACCGUGUCCUCGGCGUCAACUUGACGGGCACAUUCCUCUGUUCCAAAGCCGCUGUCAAUCGAUUCCUCAGCCAGGAUGGCGAUGAAAGGGGGGGGACGGGUGGUUUGGUCAUCAACAUUGGCUCGUCCGCCAGUUUCCGCGGCUUCAACGCUGGCGCGGCAUACACGGCGAGCAAACACGCCAUCGUGGGCCUGACGAAGAACACGGCCUCCUUCUACGGUGACCGCGGUGUCUACUGCGUCGCCCUGCUGCUUGGUGCCAUGGUAACAACCAACAUCUCCGAGGGAUUGGCGCAGAAUAUGAACCGAGAGGGCUAUGCCAAGAUGAUGGCUAUCAACCCGAAUCUUGACCCGGCAAACUCCAGUGUGGAUGUCAAGGAUGUGGCAAAAUAUUGCGUUUUCCUUUCUGAUCGUGGCAUUGCCGCCAGCUCGAACGGGGGCUGCAUUGUCUUCAAUCAGAAUUGGCCCGCGGCUUGA